UAAAAAAAAAAAAAAAAAAAAAAACUCUAGAGACACCACACAACACAUCGAUGGCGCCUUCUUCCUCGAGCGGCCUAACCUUCAAGCUCCACCCUCUGGUGAUGCUCAACAUCUCCGACCACUUCACCAGGGUCAAAACCCAGCUCAAUCCUCCACCCUCCUCCUGCGCGAACGGAAAUAACCCCAGCUCCGGCGACGCGACGUUCCCGCAAGAUUUUAGGGUUUAUGGAUGCGUGAUCGGUGCCCAGAAAGGACGAACCGUUGAGAUCUUCAAUAGCUUCGAGCUUUUGUUGGAUCCCACUACUGAUACGCUCGAUAGAUCCUUCUUAGAGAAGAAGCAAGAGCUCUAUCAGAAGGUGUUUCCUAACUUCUAUGUGUUGGGAUGGUACUCUACGGGAAGUGAAGCUAAUGAAUCUGAUAUGAGUAUCCACAAAGCUCUGAUGGAUAUUAAUGAGUCUCCUGUUUAUGUGCUUUUGAAUCCGGCUAUCAAUCACGCACAGAAGGAUCUCCCUGUGACUAUUUAUGAAAGUGAAUUCCAUGUGAUUGAUGGGAUUCCUCAGUCAAUUUUUGUGAAUGCGAGCUACUCAAUCGAGACAGUGGAAGCUGAAAGAAUAUCGGUUGAUCAUGUUGCUCAUCUUAAGCCGUCUGAUGGAGGCUCAGCUGCGACUCAAUUGGCUGCUCAUCUUACAGGCAUUCACAGUGCCAUCAAGAUGCUUAACAGCAGAAUCAGAGUGCUCCAUCAAUAUCUUGGCGCAAUGCAGAAAGGUGAUAUUCCUUGCGACAACUCACUUCUGAGACAAGCAGCUAGUCUACUCAGAAGUCUGCCUGCUGCACAAUCAGAAAAGUUUAAUGAAGAUUUCUUAAUGGAGUACAACGACAAAUUGCUGAUGUCUUACCUAGCAAUGAUCACAAACUGUACCAGCAACAUGAACGAGGUGGUUGACAAAUUCAACACUGCAUACGAGAGGAACAGUCGAAGAGGCGGUAGUAGGACUCCAUUCAUGUAGAGAUUAGUUUCAGCUUAAAACCCUUUUUUGCGGUUCCUAAAAAGAAAUCUAGAACUCUUAAGGUAUUUCACUGUUUGGAAUCUAACAGCUAAUGCGUUCUUCUUUUUUGCUAAAGACUGUUUAGACUACAAUCUAUGUUUAGAUUACUUCUAUUUUUAGUACUUAAAUCAUGCGAGUAAGACUUUUGAAAACAAAACCUGCUUUACC